AUGGCUCCCAGAGACGACUCGCCCGUCAUGGGUACUGGAGAUGGUUCUCCUGGUGAUAAGAAGAUGAUCACAACCAUAGUUGUUGUCGUCUGUGUGUCAAUUGUCCUCACUCUGGUUGCGUAUGGUAUCUUUCACUUUUGCCGAAGACGCUCCAAUCGUCGGCGUGCUCCAGAUAUUGAAGACGGCUCCGAUGAUGGACAGUUAUCUCUUGAAGGGGCUCUCCAAGACCUUGAGCCACCCGGGGGCUUUAGAGGACAAGGAUUCCCACGAGCGCUAUCGUUUCGACGUACCCUCAAUCGGCUCACGGCGGCAUUGAGCUCCAAUCCGCCUACCCAGGCAGACAUUGACACAGCGAGACGCGGAGGCCUAUCCAGUGUUGAUGGUGGUCACGACAAUGAUGCUGACGGUAUCGUGAAUGAAGUUCAUCAGGACCCCUAUACCCAUGACCCCAGUUAUGAAGCAGCUUGCCCCACCUCAGAUAGACUCGCAUGCAGCCUAGGACGUUGUGAUCCCCUCACUGCAGAUUUCUAUCAGAACCACACGCAUGCUUCUCUUGUCCCAGAGCCUCUGAAUUCUGCAAGGUUGACCAAACGGACGAGACACGGUUCUCUUCAGCAGUCUCCAUCCAGUAGCAUGACUGUUGCAAACGGACAGCUGGUUGCACAGAGACCGGCAUCGUUAUCUGACGUCGAUGGCCUUGAACCAGACCCGGAGAUCAUAAUCCCCCAAGCACACUCAUUCAUCAUCAAUGACUGGCCUGUUCAUCGUCCUACAGAGUCCCCAGACCCAUCCGUUAAUGCUACAACUCGUAACAUCGACUGGCAUACCCCCCCUCCUGAAGAAACCAUCGAACGUUCGCGCAACGCACGUGAACGCCUCGAGUGGGAGGAAGCGGCAAGACAGAUAGUUUUGCAGCGUGCCAGAGACGCCGAGGAGUGGCUCUCUGACGAGGAAGUGAGUAAUCAAGUCCAGCAGAUGUACCAGCGAAGUAGCCGUUACCGACUUGAGCCCAACACAUACGACCCUGCCACGCCACUCAGCACGUCCCAAGAGAACUCUCCAUUGUCUGGUGGGCGUGAUCGUCGUGACCGCAGCAGUCGAGUAUCUUCAGGGGCACUCCAUCCGGUCACGAAUCUACAGGCAUUCUUGGUGACUUCUCAAGAGCCAGCAUUAGCGUCAUCGCAAGUGUUGCCCCUGCCUUCUGAUUCGCCGACAUCGUCACCGCCGCCUCCGUACGCGGCUCCUACAUGCCACGAUGAUUAAGAAAGUUUUGUGUUGCUUAUUAGGCUUCAUGUGUGUUUUUAUUACUUGUUGCAGCUACUGACCAAACGGGUUAUUCAAUGUUAUGACUAGUACAGGAGAGAAAGGAUCAACGCGCUUUAUUUUUGCUUUCCUCGGAUAGCUCCCUUCUUACUACACACAAAGAUCUCAUGUACAGUACUGUAGCUAUUAGAUUGAUCAAAAACAGAGCUUUUCCCCAUCGUAAUUAUCGUCUACAUUAUGAAAUUAAAUAUCUACAGCCAUCCAAAUCGACUUAUCAUACAUCAUUGUACCUAAUGGCACGAGAAUACCGCCCGUCAUUUUUCGCCGCGGCGGCCCAGUCCGAUGAAAAUGCACCUCAACCCUAUACUCCAGCCACCCAAAGUACAUGCAGUAAAAGCGUGAUAUACAAGUAAACUUAUGUCAGUAAGCGUAC